CCAUAACAUGGUGGAAUUUCAUUCAUCCCUUCUCCCCCACACAUCCCUCUCACUUUUCCUGUCCAGUACCCUGUAGCCUACAGUCCUGCCUCUGUAUGCCCAGCCUUGGCUGCCUCCUCCUUUUAGAAGAUGAACCUUAGCAUUCAAGAGCUUUCUCUCAUAGUAGGAAUUUUGCUUUGCUGACCCUUGGCUGUUUUCUCUCCUGCCCUGUGGCCUUUUCUCUAACCUCCCUUUCCUGUUUCCAACUAGCCCUUCCCACUUGGCAACCGGCACAGAGCUGCAUAGAGUCAGGAAAAGAAGAUUUGUUAGAUUUCAUAUCAAAAGACCUGGGUUUGAAUCCUGACUUGGAAUGCCUAGUAUACAGAAGGAAGGAAUUCCUUGGCCAAUUAGUCACCAAUGUGGGUCAGUCUGACCCAGAGGUAGAAUUCCCUCCCAUUGGGUGCAAAGGUGCUACUGGCCACAAACCACACCGAAGACCCACCCAACUGAAGACGGGCCUCUCCUUCUGGGCUAGAUCCAGACCCAGUGACUAACUGACCAACGUGUUGUUUCUCUUUGUCCGCUAACCUUUCCAAGCCUCUCUGACCACAUAGGGAGAGACUCACAUAUGCUGAUUAAUUAAUUUAUUUUUGGCUCAUAAUUUCUUUGGUGAGAGGACUCGGGAGUAACCCACAGGCAGCACUCUAUGCCAGAUUCCUGAGCCUUUGCUGUCCCUGAAGAUAUCCCGAUGUGGCCUCCAUCCCUGGCUUGCUCUUUGAUCCUGCUCUGGCUAUGCCAGGCUCCCCUCAGCAGCCAACAGUCUCUGGGAUCCCUGAAGCUGCGGCUGGUGGGCGCGGGGAGCCAGUCCGAGGAGGGACGCCUGGAGGUGCUGCACCAGGGCCAGUGGGGCACGGUGUGCGAUGACGACUUCAGCCUCCAGGAGGCCCAUGUGGCCUGCCGCCAGCUUGGGUUUGAGGCGGCUGUGACGUGGGCCCAUAGUGCCAAGUAUGGGCAAGGGGAGGGCCACAUCUGGAUGGAUAAUGUGCGCUGUGUGGGCACCGAGAGCUCCCUGGCCGGGUGCAGGUUCAAUGGCUGGGGCGUCAGCGACUGCAGCCACUCGGAGGACGUGGGGGUCGUGUGUAGCCCCCGGCGCUUGCCCGGCCACCACGCAGAGCGGCUGUCCCAGACCUUGGGGCCCCAGGGACAUCGGCUGGAGGAGGUCCGGAUCAAGCCUGUGCUGGCCAGCGCGAAACGGCGAAACCCCACACUGGAGGGCGCCGUGGAGGUGAGGCUCGACGGCCACUGGCGGCAGGUGUGUGACCAGGGCUGGACCAUGAACAACAGCAGAGUGGUGUGCGGGAUGCUGGGCUUCCCCAGCGAAGUGCCCGUCAAUACGCACUUCUACAGAAAACUCUGGAAUAUGAAGAUGAAGGACCCCAAAUCCAGGCUGAGGAGCCUGACCAAGAAGAACUCUUUCUGGAUUCACCGGGUGAGCUGCCUGGGGACGGAGGCUCACCUGGCCCAGUGCCAGCUGCAGGUGUCCCCUGCCAAGGGCAAGCUGCGGCCGGCCUGCCCCACAGGCAUCCAUGCUGUGGUCAGCUGCGUGGCUGGACCCCGCUUCCGCCACCCUAAAGGGAAGCCCCGGCGCAAGGAGGAGCCCCCCGUGCGUCUCCGGGCCGGGGCCCAGGUGGGCGAAGGCCGGGUGGAAGUGUUGAUGCACGGCCAGUGGGGCACCGUCUGUGACCAUGGCUGGAACCUGAUCUCGGCCAGCGUCCUGUGUCGCCAGCUGGGCUACGGCUCUGCCCGGGAGGCCCUCUUCGGGGCCCAGCUAGGCCAAGGGCUGGGACUCAUUCACCUGAGCCAAGUGCGCUGCAGUGGCUACGAGAGGGCCCUCGGCGACUGCCCCGCUCACGAGGGUGCUCAGAGUGGCUGUCAGCACAACAACGAUGCUGCCGUCAGGUGCCAUGUCCCCAACAUGGACUUGCAGAAGCAGAUCCGGCUGGCUGGUGGGCGCAGUCCAGAGGAAGGUGUGGUGGAGGUUCUGGUGGAAGUGAACGGGGCCCCUCGAUGGGGAGCUGUGUGCAGUGACCUCUGGGGACUCAAUGAGGCCAUGGUGGCCUGUAGGCAGCUCGGGAUGGGCUUUGCCAGCCAUGCCAUCCAGGACACCUGGUACUGGCAGGGCACUCCAGGGGCUGGCAAGGUGGUGAUGAGUGGGGUGCGCUGCUUGGGCACAGAGCUGGCUCUGCAGCAGUGUCAGCGGCAUGGGCCAGUACACUGUUCUCACGGGGUUGGCCACUUCUCAGCUGGAGUCACCUGCACAGAUAGUGCCCCAGACCUGGUGAUGAACGCACAGUUGGUACAAGAGACGGCCUACCUGGAGGACCGUCCGCUGAGCCUGCUGUACUGUGCCCACGAGGAGAGCUGCCUCUCACAGUCGGCUGACCACAUGAACUGGCCCUAUGGGCACCGCCGUUUGCUGCGAUUCUCUUCCCAAAUCCACAAUCUUGGCCGGGCAGACUUCCGACCUAAGACGGGGCGCCAUAGUUGGACCUGGCACCAAUGUCACAGACACUACCACAGCAUUGAAGUCUUCACCCACUACGACCUUCUUACCGUCAACGGCUCCAAGGUGGCUGAAGGGCACAAGGCUAGCUUCUGCCUCGAGGACACAAACUGCCCUGCGGGACUACAGCGGCGCUACGCGUGUGCCAACUUUGGCGAGCAGGGCGUGACGGUGGGCUGCUGGGACACCUAUCGCCAUGAUAUCGACUGCCAGUGGGUAGAUAUUACAGAUGUGCCUCCCGGGGACUACAUCUUCCAGGUGGUUGUAAAUCCCAAAUUUGAGGUGGCCGAGUCAGAUUUCUCCAAUAACAUGAUGCGGUGCCGAUGCAAGUAUGACGGGCAUCGGGUCUGGCUGCACGGCUGUCACACAGGUGACGCCUACGGAGCCCACACAGAGCUCUCCUGGGAACAGCAGCAGAGGCUCAUGAACAACCUCAUCUGAGGUCCCGGCCAGAAGCCUCCACGCUGCCCAAACACCAGAUACCUCAGCUUCUUGGAGCGGCCCUCGUGACGAGGGGACAGCGCCAGAAGCACCAAGAAGAUGCUCAGGGAGCCUUGAAAGGGGAGAACGCCGAGCCAGGCUGUGCACAGCUCCCUACGGACAGGCCCGGGCUCGGGGCGUGCAGCUGCCGAGCCCCGACUAGCGAGGACUCUUCCAGAGCCGCCUGUCCCCAGACUCUGUGCCAGCGCCCCCUGGCUCCGUUGGCUUUGACCUCUCGGCACAGCCGGGAGCCCUGACUCGAUGGUGCUUUAUGUAUUUUUGGUGGCUGGGGAUGAAGCCAAUAGCAGCUUCGUCAGCCGCUCAAGCCAUAGGAGUCAGUGGAUGUGGUCCCAUGCUUUGUGCCCAUCCAGGGCUUUCCAGCCCCGCACUUCCCUCCACCACCGCCGGGUCUUCUUUCUGGACCCUCCCCCUCACUCAGCGGGGUUUCUGGGUCCCUGGAAACCUGGGUGUGGGGUCCCCCCUCCCCGUGUCUGUGAGGACGUAUGUGGAGGUCACAGAACAGCGGCCUCCAUAAGGGGCCUUUGUCGCACGGCACAGGGUCCGUCACCAAUCUGCCUGCCUCAGGGUCACGCGGUCUCAGGACUGGCCUCCGCUCCACUUUAAUUCCAGUCUGAACAAGGUCUCCAGUGACCUUUACUACGAAUAAAUACGUUUUGCAGUGUA